GACACUUACGCUCUUACAUAAACACAUACAUUUGAGUAAACACUAGGCCUUCCCCUCCCUGGGGACCUGGAAGAAUUUGGGGAGAAUUCUUGUCACAUUCACCUGAAUGUAGAGUGAGGUCCCCUCCCCUCCUCACCCCACCCAGGUGGAACCAGAUAAAGGAGCAGCAGAAGGCCACACACACACACACACCAAGAUACGGAUAAAGUAUUUCACAGAGAAUACAGUAGACACAUACUUGAGAUCUUAUUCAAACAGCACUCCCAGCUUGGACAUCAAGACCUUGUCGAUUGACCAGUCAAAGGAAAAACCUCUAACUGCAGUGUGCAUUGCAAUGCAUACCUCCCUCCUCAUGAUGGCGCUGUCCAUGUUUCUGCAAACGGGAACCCAGGCCUUCAAACCUCUUAUUCCCAGCAGAGACUCAAUCACCCACCGUGACAUUACACAGCAGGCCAUCCUACGCAAAACCGCUGCCGUCUGCCGCGACUUGGCCGCCGCCCAGGGGUGGGACUUUAGCCUGCCGAUUGAUGACAGCAUUUCCGCCUCUAAAGUCCAACAGGCGUGUUCUCCAGGCUCUUCCUCCAUCUUCUCCACUAUACCCUUCCAGACCUCCAUCCUCUCCAUCUACCUCAGCAAUGCCCUGGUGGAUGUGAUGUAUCUGCUGAGUGAUGCGCGCCACUUCGAUGGAGAGACCUUCCAGCAGGGGCGGGAGCUGAUCACCCGGGGGAUGUCGGCGGUGAAGGCCAGUGUCAAACGGGAGAACUUCCUGUCAGCCAAGUGGAUGCUCGGAUCCAUCUCUCACACACUUCAGGAUUUCUACAGCCACAGUAACUGGGUUGAGAUGGGAAACAGAAAUCCUUACAACACCCUAAUCAGACCAGACCUGAAACUAGAAAACCUUGCAGACAGCAGUACUCCAACGUGUAAGGACUGUACAGGAGAGGACUGCACUGAAAACAUCCUACCAACGGUCCUACAACAAGGCCUGCUGACCUCUGGAUACUUCAGCCUGCUCUCCUCUGAAAAACCUGCAGGAAAGUGUAGCCACGGGGGUUUCUUCGACCAGACCAGCAGGCGAACCCCAGUAGGGGGCAUAAACAAGGACGAUGCAGGUUCCAGUCACGGCCACCUCCACCGCGCCGCAGCCAGCGUGGCGGUCAACGCCACCAUGGACCUGCUGGAGGACAUCAGAAGAGCCGCCGGGGACCUGGGCUUUCUACGGUUCAUGGGCAUCACCAGGUCCUCCGUGUUGUGUUUCGUCAUUGACACCACGGGCAGCAUGAUGGACGACAUCGCCGAAGCGAAGAGGGUGUCCUUCAGCAUCAUCGACAGCAAGAGAGGAACCCAACAGGAGCCCUCCUAUUACAUCUUGGUACCGUUCAACGACCCAGGCUUUGGACCCCUGAUUAUCACCAGAAAUGCAGACAUUUUCAAACAGAGCAUCAGUGCCCUCACAGCUUCAGGCGGGGGAGACAUGCCAGAGAUGUGCAUGUCGGGACUGCAGUUGGCCCUCACGGCGGCGCCACCCUCCUCUGAGAUCUUUGUGUUCACUGACGCCCCCGCUAAAGAUAUUGCUCUGAAAAGCACAGUCACCGCCCUCAUAGAGAGCACCAAGUCAGUGGUGACGUUCCUGUUGACGGACAACCUCACCUCCAGGCGCCGGCGGCGGCGAUCCGGCCGGAUGGCUUCGUCAGAAUCCCAGUUGUACCGAGACCUGGCACAGUCCUCCGGGGGCCUGGCCAUUGAGGUCACCAAGGGGGAACUGCCCCGGGCCACUAGCAUUGUUGAGGACGCCAUCGCUGCAGCACAGGUGACUGUUCUACAGGUGUUGAAGAGCCCAGGACAGCACAACUUCUCCUUCGCCAUAGAUGAGUCGCUGAGAAACCUGACUGCUUACAUCACCGGAGCAUCCCUAUCCUACACUCUGACUAGCCCCUCAGGCAUGUCCCAGCGUGACGUUGAGUCCAGAGGGGCUCUGGGGACCAUUCAGACUGUAGGGAACCUCCAACGAAUCUCUCUGACAUCGGACAACCAAACAGGAUUAUGGGAAAUCAGCAUUAAGUCCACAGCGCCCUACUCACUAAAGGUCAUAGGUCAGAGCUCCAUUAAUUUUGUCUACAAUUUCGUGGAGGCGUUCGAGAGGGCUCAAGGAGAAUUUGGUCUUAAAGAGGGCCGUCCUCUCACAGGUAGUAAUGUCACCCUACUGGUGUCGGUCACAGGGAGUGACUCAGUCAAGUUGAAGGAGGUGGCCCUGAUCGAGGCCUCGGGGUCAGAGUUUAACGGAACCCUGCAGUCACUGGGCUCUAAUGGGGGAGACUUCCUGGUUUCUCUUGUCAGACUCCCACAGGGGGAGUUUGUUGUGCGUCUGAGGGGGGAGACAAACAGUGACACCGGCAGGGUAUCGCCCAACCUCUUCCAGAGACAGGCCUCCACUCAGAUAAAGACAUCCAGCAUCUCUGUAUCGGCCCACGCUGACAGCAUUCUGGAACCCGGUUCCAACAUCUCCAUCUCCUUCACCGUGGCAUCGGCGAAUGGACCCGGGGAAACCUUCACCGUACGAGUCUCUAACAACUGCGGCUUCCCUUCCUCCUUUCCCACAAGCCUCACCUCUGUGGAUGGGGGCAGUGCGGUCAAUGGUACCGUCACCCUCACGGCGCCUGUCAGCACCCCGUCGGGAACAGACGUCACCUUGACCAUCACGGUCGAGUCCGCUGGAGCCGCCGACUUAAACUAUGCCGUCCUCCGUCUCUCUGUCGUCAGCGAGGUCACAGAUUUCACCCCUCCCCGAUGUGGGCCGGUUAGAGUCUCGUCCAACUGCUCAUCUGACUGCAGCGCCACCUACUGGCAGCUCAAUGCCGACCUGACCGACGGUGUGAACAGCACUGGCAUCGACCACGUCACCUUGCUCAAGGGCAACGGCACCCUGAACACUUCUUCGGUGGUGGGCAUCGAUGGUGAGAAUGUGACCCGGGUGUCCUACAGAGCCUCCUGCUGUUUGAAGAAGGUGGAGAUUGUGGUGGUGGACCGGGCCGGCAAUGUGGGUGUGUGUGUGGGCUCAGUGAAGGACCUGUUGGGUGUGAACUCCACAGCACAGACCUCUGUCUCCAAACCUACAGCUGAAUUCAACACUACGUCCACCGGAGGGCGCCCUUUGACUCAGUCCCUGUUUCUGAAUGUCUGUGUGAUGCUUUUUCUUGUCCUGUGGUUUGGAGCAGAGAUCUAGAGUUCCAUAUUGACCACAGAUACUGGGAUAUUAUGUGUGUGUGUGAUGCUGUAAAGGGAGAUGGGUGAAAAUCUGUACAAAUGGGAAACAAACUUGAAUACAUAAGUUCCAUGGGGGCUAGAAAUAACAGGUUCCUCUUCAUUAUGGUUGUCAGAAACAUGGAACUGUCACUUAACCUUUUUUAUCUACCUGUGUUGCAUAGUUCUAAAUAGACAGGAGAAGAUGAUUGUGCAGAUUGUGAGCAACUAAAACCAGCUGGAUUUGGGACAAACAGAACCACAAUAAUACAUUUAUACCAAUAGAAAUGUCAAUGAUUCAAGGCAAUGAUUUGUCCGUUCAAUUCGUUUGUUCAUUUUGCAAUGCAUUUAAUACUAUUCAAUAGGCAAAAUUCAGAUUGAUAUUGUACAUUUAAAACAACCCCAGCUCUGUAUAUAACUAUCAGAGAGAGAGAGAGAGGGAGAGAGAGAGAGAGAGAGA